UUAAAAACAUCGAAAGCAAAAUUCAUUUCUCCGGCUGUCCCGUUGAAACCAUCUAAGACCUGAAAACAUGUCGUUCGACGCCAGCGUCCACGGUGGCGGCGGCGACGCUAACACCGACGGCGCGACCAAUAAGCCUUUCUUUUGCUACCAAUGUAACCGUACCGUCACCGUAACAAUCUACCCUUCCGCUGACCCUUCUUGUCCUCUAUGCAACGAAGGGUUCCUCGAAGAAUACGAAAACCCUAGCUUUGAAAACCCGAAUCCGAACUCAAACCCGUUAUCCGAACCCUUUUUGUCGGUAUCGGAUCCGUUCUCUUCCUUGCUCCCGCUCCUUUUCCCUUCCUCUUCUUCAACGACGAGUUCUUCACCGUCUCCUGCUUCAAUUGACCUUCAUAACCCUAACUCAUUCGGGUCGACCCGGUCAGGCCGGGGUGACCCAUUCGCUUUCGAUCCAUUUACCUUCAUCCAAAACCAUCUCAACGAUCUCCGUUCAAGAGGAGCCCAAAUCGAGUUCGUGAUCCAGAAUAAUCCGUCCGAGCCGGGUUUUCGGCUUCCAGCGAACAUUGGGGAUUAUUUCAUCGGACCGGGCCUCGAACAACUGAUCCAGCAACUGGCUGAGAACGAUCCGAACCGGUAUGGGACCCCACCGGCAUCGAAAUCGGCCAUCGACGCGCUACCUUCGGUGAAGAUAGCGAAGAAUAACUUGAAUUCGGAGUUCAACCAGUGCGCGGUUUGUAUGGACGAGUUCGAGGAAGGGGCUGAAGCGAAGCAAAUGCCCUGUAAGCAUCUUUAUCACAAGGACUGCAUACUUCCGUGGCUGGAAUUGCAUAAUUCCUGCCCUGUUUGUCGUCACGAGCUGCCUACCGAUGAUCCUGAUUAUGAGAGGAGGGUUCGUGGGGCGCAGGCUACUGGUGGAGGUAAUGACGGCGAUAGUAGUGGCGGUGAUAAUGAGCAGAGGUCGGGGGAUAAUCGGACGGCGGAGAGGAGUUUUAGGAUAUCGCUGCCCUGGCCGUUUCGGGCUCGUGGGUCGGGUUCAGGAUCAGGAUCAGGUGAUAAUCCGCAGACCAGGCAAGAAGAUUUGGAUUGAAAACUCCUUGAAGUGCUGCAAAAUAUCAGGCAUUUCUAUCAUGAGACAUGGUAAUAGAUCGACCUCUUUGGAUGUCUGGAAAGCGGGGUAUGUUUUAAAUUAAACAUGGAGAACUAAGAUUAGAGUGGUUACAUUUUAAGAAAAUAUUAGUUUUUGCCAUUUGCUGGUAUUAUAUGUAUAUCUGAAUUCGCUUUGUUUGUUGCAUGUGGGAUUCAAUUAGACUUCCAUACAUUGUUUGUUGUAUAGAUUCUUUGGUCCUUUUGCUCAAAUUUGCAAACUACUAGAGCGUGAAAAUGAACAAAAGGUUCCAAAGUAAUGUAGAAAGACAACAUGCAUGUAGCAUAUGUUUCAAUGUAGAGAAUAAUAAUUUUCAAUCAUUAAAUAUAUAUUUUAAAAAGUAAUAAUUUUAUUUA